CCAACCACCGUCAAAUUCGAACAAAAAGAAACAAAAGGAACUAAAAGACCCCAAGAUGCCAAAACAGAUCCCACCAAGAAGACGAGUGAUAGCGGAUUCAGACGAGGAAAUGGGACCGAAAUCAGCCAGGAAUGGAGACAGUCAAGCAGUUCGUGUAAGCCUCUCUCUAUCUCUCUCUCUUUCUUCUCGGAUUCUUACUGAUAUAAUUGCACUAUUUUCCACUUCAGGCCUAGGGGUAAACAUAAAUUGAGCACUCUAUCCGACUCUCAGUUUUCUGACUGGGACCUCGAUCUAACUGUCGGGUGUAAAUACACAAUGUUGUUUGCAGAGUUCAUUGUAUCCUAUUUUCAGAGAUAAUAUGGGACCGUUUGUAGAUUAGGCAGGAACGAUACUUUUUGAAGAAAAAAAGAAACGGUUCUUUAAAUUGAUGUACUACAAAUGGCACGUCUGACCAGUUUGAUUGUUUGAAAAGUUUUUACCAUAUUUGAACGGUUUCUCGAAAUUGAGCUCAAGAAAACCUUGUCAACAUUCUUCACUCGCGGGGUUGAGAGAAAGAAAAGAGGAGAAUGUACUUGGUAUUUGCGAUUAAGCAAUUUUCAGUUAAAUGUUGAAAAACCAAAGCCAAAGCUAUCACAGGGACCAAUCAGAAAAGAGAUUUACAACAUCACCAGCCAACGAGGACUCGUAGUGGAAGCGCAUGACCGAGUCGAAUGGCCGAGUCGCGAUUAUUUUUAGUUUUGCAUCUACUUGCUUGAGAGGAUGACGUAACUUUUCUGGACUAGUCACAGGCAAAGUUGGGUAAAACCAAAACAAUCCAGGUUUUGAUUAGACACUACUCAAAAUUGCUCCAUGUAAGAAAAAGUUACUUCCUCUAUUGUUAGAUAAAUUACAAUAUGCAAACUUGCAUAACUGAUCCAUCUCUUUUCAAAGUAUUGAAAGGAAAUGAGCUAACUUUUACAUGAUAAACAUAAAUAGAUAAAUAGAUUUUUAAGUAAAAAUAUAAUCAAAAACAUAUAUAUUUAUAUACAAAAGAAAACAUUCAACUAUCAAAUUAGUAAAUUAAGCAAAAAAAACUUUCAUUGUGACUUGGAUAAUUUAACUAAUUAUAUAAUUCUUCCUUCUUUUCAUUACUCUUGGGAACGCACGUAUCUUUAACUCUGACAUUCAGUUUGCUUCUCUGUUUACAGAAACUAUUUCGUUUCUUUUCACGGAAGCAUAAUCCACAAACAGCUCUUGUUAUUCGCUACGCUAUCUGCUUUUUUCUCGGAGGACUUGUUGGACUGAUUCCUUACUUAGUUUUCGUGAUUGAGCUCUGUAAAGGUUUGUCUGUUUCUUUUAUUCUUUUUCUCUCUUUUCCUUCUAAUUCUCUUGGUCUUCGUUCCUCGUUUCCUCCUUUACAUUACUCGCUUUCUUUUCACUCUUCAUCGUUGAUUGAUUGAUCCAUUUAUGUAUUCUUUAAGCUGUCCUUUCGUUCAUUCGUGUUUUCAUUUCUCCCAUCUAUUCUUCCUUUGUUCCUUAUUUCUUAUUCACCCAUUCACUUAACCAUUUUCUCAUCCGUAACCUCCGACCUUAUCUGUCAGCGUGUUCCUUUUUUUUUUUUUUCGGUCCGAGCAAAUUAUUCAUGGAAAGGUACUAAUCUUGACUAAAAUCGAAAGUUUACAGAUUAACAUUUGAUUGUAACGCUCAAUAUCCACAGCUAACUUAGAAAUGAGAAAUCCCCAUCUUCCUUCAAUAAAUGGAUAUUCUAAACACAAAGAUGUACCCAAAAAUGAAGCUCUCACCUCUUUCAGUGAAAUUAGUAGUGCUCCUGUCAUCACUACAGCUUACGUUGGUAAGUGUCCAAAAGUAUUAGCCGACGUAGUUUUGCUCCAUAAAUGCUUCAGUCUAGAUAGCUGGGCGAAAGCACAGAAAAUGGCUUGAACCUAGGAGUAAUAGUUGAAUCAUCUCGGGAUUUCUCUGACUUUUUCAAUUCUCCUUCGCAAAUUUUGCGAGACGGCAGUUGUUCUUAAGUCUUCCUUUGAAAUUUUGCGCGGGAAAUUGGCGCGCGGGAGACCAGAAUCGAUCCCCUCGCGCAUGCCCUUUGUUUGACCGCUGAGUUGGACUGUUGACGUUUCGCGAACCUGACCGUAAGCCAUGUCUCACUUGACUCUGAUGAUGACUUCCGCUAAGGUUGUCGAAAUACCAGUCACUUCUACAGACACAUUCCAUUCAGGAAAAUCCUCAUUAGGACGGUCAGAAUACAUGAUCAGUUGUGAUAAAGUAAUAGAUAAUAGAGAAUACACAAUUCUGUGAAAUUAAGAAAGACCGUCUUAACAUUUUCUUUGCUGAUCUGUUCAGUACUGCAUAUGAUGACAUUUACUUUUAAACGGGUAAAUCGACAUCUAAUAGUGCAGAAUUUAUUUAAUCGCAUCUAUUUGCUUACAUGAUAAUAAAAUUUAUUAUAAGAGAUAUAAAAAGAGCACUAAACAGUAAACAUAAAAAAAGAGAAUUGCUUCUAAUAUUUUAUCCCUUAAGGAUGAAUUGCGACAGUUUAUCUGCCUGUUUUAUCCGACACUGAGCUAGGUCACAAAAAAGAGUGGGUGUUCCCUUAAAUACAGCUACUACCGUGACUCACUCAUAAUCAGUGAAACAGAAACCAUAAGUUGAUUCCCUCUAAAUCACAGCUAAUAUGUGCAUGACUAUCAGUAAAGGGAUUAUUACGCUAUUAAUUGACUUCUUGCGCCAUCCCUUUUUUCAUUGCAGAUGUAAACUUCACCACACUAAGUAGUAACUCAACUGGUAUCACGACACCCCGACCCACAAGAGUAGUGACAACAGAGAAAAAGGGUGGGUAUUCAGUCAUACGUUUCAACUGAAUUUCCCCCAAAAAAUAACGAAAAAGUAUGGACAUGGGUGAAGUAGCAAGGGGAGGGGGUGAGAGGCGGGGUAGACACCUCCGAAUGAAAAUUUGCAGAGGAUAGUCCACCCCCCCUUUCAGUUUCGUGGUUCAGUGUAGAAAACAUCACCAGUGCAACGUGAAAUUGUCCUGGGAAAAUAUUCAGUGGCAUCAUGCUUAGUUAAAUAGUAUGUUGUGGUACUUUUUUGAACAACUCAAGCCUGCUCAUGAAUUUCUACAAGUAGGUAACAGAUCCCAAAGAUGUUUUCUUGUCGUGGCCAAUGAACCAUCCUUAAGACGUUUGGAGACACCUGAAUAGGCUUAGGGGCAUGGAAUUGGCUAGGUGUGCAAUAGCGAGAUUCCCUAACCACCCCCCCCCUCCCCCAGCCUUCCCCGCUCUCACUCGCCACAAACAUUUUUUUUAUAAAAAAGGUCCGCCACCUCCAACAAAAGUCACCCUAAAUUAUAUAAGAGUUACUAAGUCUAUACUCGAGGCCAAGAGACCCAAGCUGACCAUGAGCACAUUUCCUCUUGUUCGGGGUAAGGUUUAUUUGGUCCUUACCUAUCAUGAAGAAUAUUGUUUGCAUACAUCCUCUGUGAGAAAAGACAUUGAAAGAAUAAGCCGUUCUUUUCACCGUUCGAUGACUUAGCAUUAGUAUAGCAGUGAAACUGCAGUGAUACUGCGAAACGUUUUCGCGUACAAAUGGUGAUUUGAAAAUUUUCUCCCAGCUGAAGGGACUGGUAAUGACGACAUCUCUCUCCAGUGUUCCGGGACCAUAACGGUCAUUCGCGUUCGAGCGUUAGGGAUCCCUGGGGAUACUUCUACCGUGGACGAUUUCAACAAGCACUGCCAAGCGAAUCUUGGACAAGUGGAUGGGACAAAUGUAUGCAUUGUGAGCCUCAAACGGGUUUAUAAGUCCCGUUAUCCACCUUUCAUAAAGACUGUGGUCACUUAUACUUGUUCAUACACUGAGGAAAUCAGUUAGCGAUAGUCGUGAGGGAACGGGGUAGAGGCUUUAAAUACAACCAUAUGAUUCUCACGUGAUGAGGAGCAAUCCACAGAGGAUUCCUAAUUGCCUCCCCCUCCCCACCACCGCCAAUUCUAAGAGAACAAUAGAAAUAGCUAAUAUGCGUAAAAGUGGUACUUUUUGUACGGUUAACGAAAACUGAUAGAUUACUCUCGGUUAUUUGGUUGUCUAGAGGGCGGAGCCCACAGAGAGGAAAAAUGAUAAACUUAAUUUGAUAUACUGAUGGACGUAAAUCCACUGGAAUGCUGAGAAUAUGAUUUCCUUCCUGAUCGAUGGUAUAAAAAUACAACAGAAAAGUUGUAAAAAGGAAACGUUGAUAUCAGAUGCAGAUACUGACGGUGGAUUUUAAAUGAAGACAAAAGUAAUGUAUUAUAAAAAUACGUAAAUUCAUUCACAAGGUUAAUCACUGGUUGAUUUCUCAAGAGUGGAUCAGCAGGAGGAACGGCAUACCAGUCAUGUUACGGUCAGAUUUUGCUAUAUUUUGAAAGGCACUUAUUAUGUUCAUAAUCACUUGCAUUUGCUUUAGCAAAUUGACAAAAGGACUAUUUUACGCUUCCUUGAUCACAAUAGCUUUCUUUUUUUUAAUCAAACGAGGCUAAGAUAUACCUAGAUAUACUCAGAAGCUGCUCGGCAGAGUUGAUUUAUUGUUACCAGCC